CCCCCUCGCCUCCAUGUGUUCCUCCCAGGUUUUCUACUCGGGCACAUUCCCCAUUCCCUGCCCUAAGGAAGCCAGGAAGCCAAGGACGCCCCCGAAGCAGCAGCAGCAACAGCAGCGUCCCCCUCCCAGCGCCUCCACGAUCCCCAUUCAUUUUCGUGUAAAGGCAAAGCCAUCAUCAUCAACAGCCUUUGGAGGAGGAGAAGGAGGCAGGGAGGGAGGCAGGGAGGCGGUCGCAUUUUUAAAAAGGAAACCCCACGCUCGCCGAGGAAGAAGUCCAAGCUGAGUUGCUCGGCUCCUUAGAAAUGGAGGCUGCUGCCCAACACGUGAAAUCGUAAGCCGGAGCAGCUCUUCCUCGCCCCUCCACCAUGAUUCCUCCCAGCAACGCCAGUGAAGACAGCCUGGACGGGGGGGAGAAGGAAAACGACGCCGAGAGCCCCGAGCAGCCCCCUUCUCCUGCCUCCACCACCAGCCAGGAAUCCAAGCUUGCAUAACUUAUAGCCAAGUUUGCCAGAUGACCGUCACUGGAUCAGUCUCGGGCAAAGUCUCUGAACUUUCACUGUUAUGGAGAAAGCAAAAUUAGGCCAAAUGUGGAUUCACUAGGACAAGCCAGCAUUACUGAGACAUUUAUGAAAUCACACAACUCUUUUGACUCUGGAUGGAAUCCUAAACAUGAUGGUUUGGAAAGAAAUUCACUGGAACUGAAGUACCUCCAGAAACUGAAGCGAUCACUUUCUUUCAAGACCAAAAGUUUGCGGAGUAAAAGUGCAGACAACUUUUUCCAGCGGACAAACAGUGAUGUGAAGUUGCAAGUAGAUUUGCUAUCGGAAAUCAGCUGCAGAACAGGCCAGCCCCCCGAUUCUGAAAGCCAGUCCUCCACUCCAACCAAAGACCAACCUCAACAGGAAAACAACAAAACUCACAUUUUCCAGGAACACAUCUUCAAGAAACCCACUUUCUGUGACAUCUGCAACCACAUGAUUGUUGGGACAAACGCUAAACAUGGAUUACGCUGCAAGGCGUGUAAGCUGAGCAUUCACCACAGAUGUGCAGAAAGCAUCGGGCAACAACGCUGCAUGGGGAAACUGCCCAAAGGUUUUCGCCGUUACUACAGCUCUCCACUACUCAUUCAUGAACAGUUUGGCUGCAUCAAAGAAGUUAUGCCUAUUGCAUGUGGCAAUAAGGUUGACCCUGUCUAUGAAGCACUUCGCUUUGGAACUUCCUUGGCCCAGAAAACCAAGAAAGGCAGCACAGGGAGUGGCUCGGAUUCACCAAAGAGGAAUUCUACAUCAGAUUUGGCAGAAGUUCCUGAAGAAGGUGACAGCCCAGGAGGUUUACUUGACAUAAACAGGAAACGCAGCAAUAGUAUGUUUACCUACUCAGUAAAUGGUACAGCAGACUUCAGAGAUGAACCGAAGAAAAUAAAUUCUAUAUUACAGGGAUCUCUUAAUAAAGACACAGUGCAGAUGAAUACCUAUGUUGCCUUGUACAAAUUUGUACCACAAGAGAAUGAAGACUUGGAAAUGAGGCCAGGAGACAGGAUUACACUUUUGGAAGACUCAAAUGAAGACUGGUGGAAGGGGAAAAUAGAAGAUCGAGUUGGCUAUUUUCCGGCUAAUUUUGUUCAAAGAGUACAAGACGAAAAAAUUUUCAGGUGUAUAAGAACAUUUAUUGGGUGCAAGGAGCAGGGACAGAUCACCCUGAAAGAGAACCAAAUCUGUAUGGCUUCCAAAGAGGAACGUGAUGGCUUUAUCAAAGUAAGCUGCGGGAAGAAAAAGGGAUUUGUUCCCAUUGAUGUCUUGGAAAACAUCUGAUUUUUUUGCUCGUGCAACUACUGCAGUAGUGACGCUUUGCUGAAACAAGGCCUGUCUGCCUCCUUUUGCACUGUGUCAACCCAAACACGCUGUCUUGCCAGUGACCAGAGAAAUCACGAGACAACUCCAAGGAUCUGUUGAUAUCAGACAUUUAGUCUUUUCUUGGGCAACAGGAGAUGGGUGAACUACAACACCUUGCACUUGCUGGAAAAGAGCCAAGCAAGGGUGGUGGGAGUCUUAGGGGGAGGCAUUGGCUGUCUUUGUUUUAACAAGGCAGGCAAAACACUAAACUGGAUGAUUUUUCUGAACAAGAUUGCUAAUGGUUUCCCUAACAAAAAUAAACAGCUCAUCUGGAAAUUUGCACCCUUUUCACGUGUCUUAAGAAAACUGAGCUUUUUUUCUGAUUGGAAGUGUUAUUGAAAAGGCAAGGAUUUGAACUUUUCCUUGUAUUCCUACCGCUUGAAAUAUAUGUGAGUCUGUUCUUUCAAAUGUUGUCAAUUAUAUUAGCGACUGUGUAAUGUUUGGUUCUGGUUUUUAAAGUUCUGUGACAAAGCAGUUUGGGUGAACUGUAUUGAGAUCAGUUUGGGAAAAAAAAUACUACAGCCCCAGGACUACUUUUUCUGUGAUGUAUGAUAUAUGUUACCAUGGCGAGCUUGUACGUUCUUUGGAUUCCUUGUACACAAGCAAAGAUUUUAGCACAUAUUGGAUGUAAAUGCUGUUAAAACAGCUCAAGAACAAGCACUGUUUCUCUAGGACAGGUGCAGUUGGAAGUUACUGCCUAAUCCCUACCAAAAGAAGAAAAUUACCAGAAGCAAGGACCUGGAUUGUAGACAUACUAAAGAAUUUUUCUAUUUUUCUGAUAUUGUUUGAACAUAUUUUAUGUGUAUCUGUAGCAUGGUCCUGUUUAUAUGGUAAACCAGUCAUGUUUCACAAUAUGGGAUGGCAGAGCAUCCUGCUGAUGAAAAGAAUUUUGAGCUCGCAUGCUUCUGAAUGAAUGCAACAAAGUUCAAAAGGCUGACAGGUUUGGUUAUUGCCAGGGAAACAAACACAUUCCAGCCGCAGAAUUAAAGCACCCUAAAUCCUAUUCAGUGGUCAGAAGCCUGCCUUGGCUUUAUUAACUGCCACUUGUAGAAAUUGCAGCUUUAAAGCCAGAAUGUCACCCCAAGUUUGAUGUUAUAUUUGAACCCCAAAAUGAACAGCAUAUCAAGAUACAGAUAAGAGUAAGUAGCUGCUUUUGUUUCUUUUUUCUCCAUCAAGAGGACAAUAAAGCAGUUUCAGUUUUACUGGCCUGAAACAAAGGUUUUGAAUGUGAGGCUCUCCAAAUGUUGAACUGCAUUUCCCAUCUGCUGUACCCUCUCUAGCUGCAAAGAGAGGUGGUGAGUAAUAAAUGUAUUGUUGUUGUUGUUGUUAUUAUUAUUAUUAUUAUUAUUAUUUAUUAUUAUUAUUAGGAGCCCCAGGUAGCUCAAUGGGUUAAACCUUUCUGCUGGCAGGACUGCUGACCAAAAGGUCAGCAGUUCGAAUCCGGGGAGCAAUGUGAGCUCCCAUCUGUCAGCUCCAGUUUCCCAUGCGGGGACAUGAGAGAAGCCUUCUACAGGAUGAUAAAACAUCCGGGUGUCCCCUGGCCAAUGUCUUUGCAGACGGCCAAUUCUCUCACACCAGAAGUGACUUGCAGUUUCUCAAGUCGCUCCUGACAUGUAAAAAAAAAUAUUACUUUUUACAGGCUGGUAUGACUUGCAGUCCAACAACAGCUGGAGGCCCACAUUUUUUUCCUAUCAUGCUAUAAAUGCUUAUUAAAAUGUUCCAAUUUAGGGACAUAAAUAGCAACAAGCAAUUUGCCAGAUGUGCUUCAUUUUAAGAAGGCUUAAGCCUAUCUAUUCCUUUAAUUGUCCAACAUUUUUUAAUGUAAUGGAAGAGCGAGGUUGGGAUCAAAGUUGUAUUUGUUAGGCAUGGGAUGGGUGAGGAAAACUACAGAAAAUAGGACAGGAAGUAAACAACUGUUGUUUACAAGUUUUGAGUCUCAUCUCCAGAGGAAAGCACGAUAUAAAAUAAACCAAACAACAACAUUCCCUUUUUAUUAACAGAUGUAAUAGCUGUUAAUAUAUUAAGCUGUUUCCUAUAUGUAAUAGCUCAGGAGAAAAACACGUGGGACCCUUAGCACACUACAACUCUUUGGCAUGCCAGCAAGCCAAAUGUCAGCUUUAUUGCAUGAAAUAAUAAUAACAAUAAAGCUUUAUUGAUAUCCCACCCCCUCUCCCCAAGGGGUGGCUUUCAAUUAAUUGAAGUUCAAUAAUUGGCAGUGCGAAGAUAGCACAUGACUAUACCCCAGCCCUUGAAGUAAAGAUCUUCAGUCUUCACCUCUUGCCUUGCAUUCCAGUCUGUGGCUGAAUCCCAGUACGCUUUUGCUACCAGAAAUGGUGCAGUUGGGAAGUUCAGGCCCAUAAUUUCUAUUAGCAAAGGGCUGUUCUGUCUAUUAUAUUCCAUUCUUUGGCUUUUACACCUGCAGUUACAUUUGUCUACAUGGAAAUGCUGGAUGUCUGCCUGGUCCACCAAAGCCAACAGGGUGACAGGUCCAUAGGUUUGAUUCACCUGAAGAACUUUUAGUUACUAUAUAUGAGGGGCAUCAGAUAAAGCAAACAACAUUCCAUCCUUUUACAAGCUCUUGGACAGAUGAAGAAAGCUACACCUGCAGAGAGAGAAAAAACCAACUUUCAUAUCUUAGUCGGAAUGCAGAAAUCUUUAUUGUAUGGCUUUUUUUGAGUAGAAAACAAGUUUUAGAAAUAUUUUUGCAGCUCAUUUCAUUUUGCAAAGGAUAGCCAGAUGAUAUAGCGUUAGAAAAUAAGAUUCUUUGUGACAAAGAGAAAGAACAACAACAAUAUUAAUGUCUACCCAACCUGCAUUAUGUCAUUGCUUUGUUGGAAAUUCAAUGAUCUAAGAUGAAGGAUCCUGAAAUGUCAGUUGGAAAAUGAAAAACAGUGCUAUGGUUAGCAUUUUCUUGUUGUUGUUCUGAGAAGACUAACAAAAAGCAUCUAUCCGUCCAUACAUGCUACUAUUUACUUGAAUGCAACAUACUGUGAUUCCGUCCUAUUUCAACUGCUUUUUACUUCAGUUUAUCCUUCAGUCCUUCCUCUUAGGAUCGAGAUGGAUAUUAAUUUCAAUUCACAAUGGCCUUUAAUCAAUGUCUCAUUUCUUUUGAUACUAAGCAAUAAAACAAAUAAAGUGAUUUUUAAAAGA